UUGCUGCUUGCUAUACUAUCAGCUGAUCAACUUAACUACACCAAGGCAGUUGAAAGCAAUACAUUCCCUUCGCAUUUGAGUUUUAAAUCUGUAGAAACCGCAUUGGCGAUCGCACGACAAGUUGCUGUGAUAUGUUUAUUGUAGACAUCAAGUCAGACAUUUACGUACGACUACAUACGGAUAUUCAAAAUGAAUGAUUCUUUCUUGGAAGAGUUAGAACUAAUACCAAAAGAAUCAAAAAAGACACCUCAGCAACCGGAUCGCCAUGUAACUACCAGGCAUGCUACUUCAUCUCCAUUAACUCAUUUCUUAGAACAAAAUGAGAGAGAUGAUAUUAUGCGACAGAAGGAACAUUUUACGAUAACAAUUCCAAGUACACCUGAUAUAAAAAUCAUAGAUAGUAAAGAAUCUUCUUCACAAAAUUUCAAAAAACAAUCUGAUCAAAAUGUGAAAAAACAUUCUGUGAAUGUAAAAGCAUCAGAGAAAACGGAGAAGAUUGCAGACAACAAAAGAAAGUCUUCGGAUAUGAAAAUAAAAAUGAGCAAUAGUAAUCAGCAGAGUAUUAAUGGAGAACAGAAAAUAAAACUUCACGAGGCAAAAUAUUCUAAAGCACCUGAAAACAAAGAUCGUAAACGACGUUCAGGAUCAUAUAAAGAAAUUACUUAUACUUUCUCUAAAGAGAAUAAACGUUCUCUUGAUUCUUCUAUUAAUAAUUCUUCAGAUACUUCUAGUAAGGAAAAUAGUCGUCCCUCUGAUUCUUCUAAGGAGGCUGGUCCUCAUAAUUCAAUUAAAGAGAAGGAAAAGUUAACUGAUAAAUUGAGGAAAUCAGGUGUGAAAAUACAAGAUCCAGAUCCAGUUAUUUUACUUACUGCUAUUAAAGAAGUGAUAAGCACAUAUACCAAGCAAGAAAGCACAAAAAUUCUACGUGCUAUGCAGGAGCUACAUAUAAACUCUCAAGCUACCUUGAUAAAAAAUCUCUUGAACCAGACAGAUGAUCUGGUUAAAGAAAUGCAUCCCAGCAAAGAGUCAGCUAGAAUGAAAGCAUUGAUUGAUGAGAAUGAGCAAUUACAUCAGGAAUUAAUGACUUUGCGAAUGCGAAACGAAAGUUUACAGAAUAAAUUAGAAGAACUUGAAUUUUUGAGACAAGAAAAUGCGACUUUGAAAUUAAAGUAUAACGAGCUAACUCAGACAUAAUAUACAAUUGCGUUAAAUAUUGGACCACGAAAUAUUUUGUUUUUUGCACAAAGUGCUAAUUAGGACAUUUAUUUUAAUUGCUUGACAUUUUAAAAGAUAUAUAGUAAAAUUGAGAAACAUAUUUUUUGCACGAAAACUGCCAUAAGAGAUUACACUUACUAAACUACUAAUAUUUGCAUUUAUUUUUAUCUAAUGCCGUGGUAAUAUAAUGAUAUAAAGAAUAUUUAAGUAUUAAUACACAUAGAAAUAAACGUAUUGACUUAUUAAAAUAUCGACGACAUUAUAUAUCAUUA